AUGGACCCUGAACAUAUCCUGUGCGUUCUGGCUCUGUCCGCUAGCUCCAAGAUCUACGGUGAUGGAAAUGCGGUCCAGCGUAUCUUGAAGUUCAUGCAGUCCAUUGACCUUUCUGAGCCACUACAGAAAAAGUUCUGUUUCCCACCGGUGAAGGAAUGCAUCUCUCAAGAUAUCGACCACAUUUUGGAGACCCAGAGUGCUCUUGCUGUAGAUUUGGGGGGGACCAACCUGCGUGUCGCCAUCGUCAGUAUGAAGGGUAAAGUGGUUAAGAAAUAUGUCCAGUUGAAUCCUAAGACGUUUGAGGAGAGGAUAGAGCUGAUACUGACCAUGUGCAAACAGGCCAUGGCUGACGCCGUUCACCUCAACUGCAGAAUCCUGGGUGUCGGUGUGAGCACAGGGGGUCGAGUGAACCCACAAGAUGGGAUAGUCCUCCACUCCACUAAGCUAAUCAACGAGUGGAGUUCGGUGGACAUCCGUACACCUCUUUCUAGUGCACUUCAUCUCCCCGUUUGGGUCGAUAAUGAUGGCAACUGCGCCGCCCUUGCUGAGAGGAAGUUUGGCCAUGGGAAAGGCAUGGAGAACUUUGUCACCAUUAUCACUGGAACCGGUCCGUUCCCUUUAGACCGCGGGGCAGACUGUGCGAAGUUUCAGAAGAGUGAGCUGGAGUUUAAGUUCAAUAAGAAAGCUCUGGAGCGGCCGUACACCUCCAAACACUCCUGGGGGAAAACAUACGGAGAGCACAAGCGCCAUCUAGAGUUCAGCCACGAGCAGUACAGAGAGCUGCAGCAGUACGCUAAAGAAGUGGGCAUCUUCUUCACUGCGUCCGGAAUGGACGAGCUCGGGAAAUCUGUGGUGGCCAAGACGGCCAUCCCGAAAGGUACAGAACUGACCCUUGACAUGCUGACUGUGAAAGUAGCAGAACCUAAGGGUGUAGCUCCAGAAGACAUCUUCCAGCUGGUGGGGAAGAAAGUGACAAUAGACAUCGAUGAGGAUGAGAGCGUCACUGAGGAUGCAGUCGACAACUACGGCAAAAAAGCCAAAGCUUGA